AUCAAUGCCUUGGCUGUGGUUGAAGCAGCCACGAUGGAGAAGGGGUCGACCGGGUGUUCCGGUGGGAAGUGGACCAGGGGAAAUGCAAUUAUUUAUCAUUGUGGAAAAUGAAAUUAAAUAUUUUUAAGAGGGGAGAAAUUAGACCUCACGGUCGUUUUGUCUAUUUUUUCGAUAUAUCGGCGGGGCUCCCUCUCGGCUUUUUCUUGAUAAAAAGAUUGCGUUAUCAGCCCGGACGAACAGCAUACCGGCAUUUCUCUAUGCAAUUGGUUUCUGAAUCACAGUUUCUCUAAUUUUUUUUCCUGGUUUGAGCUGUUUUUGGAGGAAUUUCAUUUUCUUGUAUUUUUUAUUUCUGCGGUUCUACGUGCUUUCCUGUCGUGGUUUAUAUAUUUCGACUCUUAGGACUCAAUUGAACGUACCAGGAUUUUUUCCUGAUUUUUUCUGAUUUUUUUUUUAUUAAUUUGGAAUUGCUUGCAAUUGUCAAAGUUAUUCGGGUCUACACACUCGCUCACUCAGGCUAACAUCAUUACCAUACAUACCCUCUUUUCCUUCUUGCAUUCUCUUUGACGAGACUCCCCCUUGUUUCUUCCGUUCCCUUCAAUCCUUCUAUCGAAUCUCAUAAUCAGUCUCCGUUGAUUAUCAAUCUCCUGCAGCCUUCAUCAAUUCCCCCUCUUUCUCUUAAUACUUCUUCAUCAUUCCUUUCUUUACGACGUCCCUUCUUUCAUUAUGGUCCUGCUAACUGAUCAGCAGUCUACAGACUUGAACGAAAAAAAAAUACCCGACAGUAAACAUGAUUCUGAGGAUUCUUUCGGCAUCAGUGUAGAGUCACUUGGGUAUGAUGAACAGGAAUCACAGGAUCGUCCUGUUCGUGGUCUGUCGUCAAGACACAUCCAGUUUAUGGCCUUCGGCGGUUGUAUUGGAACAGGACUUUUCGUUGGUAGUGGAAAAGUACUGGCAAUGGCAGGCCCAUUGUCGAUUCUGCUGGCGUACAUCCUUGUUAGUACUGUCGUCUAUGGCGUUACACAGGCUCUCGGUGAAAUGACAACUUGGUUGCCUGUGCCAGGAGCCAUUCAGCUGUUUGCAACUCGGUACAUUAACCCGGCUACAGGAUUUGCAAGUGGUUGGAAUUACUACUAUGGUUAUGUUACUGUUUAUUGUGCAGAAGUAUCGGCCGCCGUUACUGUUAUCGGCUACUGGAUUGAACUGAACCCGGCUAUAUGGAUCAGCAUAAUUUUAUGUCUCAUGAUACUGAUUAAUCUUCUUCCAGUACGUGUGUAUGGUGAAACUGAGUUUUGGUUUUCGUGUAUUAAAGUGACAACCAUCGUUGCUCUACUCAUUCUAACUGUCGUCGUUGAUCUCGGCGGUGCACCAAAUCAUCAUAUUCUCGGUUUUCAGUACUGGCGCAACCCGGGUGCAAUGAAUACGUACCUGGCUGAUGGCGACCUUGGCAGAUUCAGUGCCUUCUUCAACUCGCUCGUUAUGGCCACAUACGCCUUUAUCCUCUCACCAGAAUUCAUUUGUGUCGCGGCCGGCGAGUCACAAUCUCCCCGACGCAAUAUUCCGAAGGCGACAAAACGUUUCUUUUACCGUAUCAUUUUCUUCUACGUUCUUGGCGUUCUCGCUGUGGGCGUACUUGUUCCCUACACAGAUCCUCGCUUAAAAAUGGGCAGUACAGGAGCUGCUAGUCCUUUUGUAAUUGGUAUGAAGGAUGCUGGAAUUCGUGUGCUCCCACACAUUAUCAACGCCGUUAUUCUCGUAUCCGCCGUGAGUGCCGGCAAUUCUUUCAUGUACUCAUGCUCGCGUACCCUCAUGUCGCUUGCUGAACAGGGACAGGCUCCCCAAAUCUUCCGUCGUUGCAAUCGCUACGGCACUCCCUAUAUCGCUGUACUUGUCAGUGCAGCCUUUGGACUGCUGAAUUACAUGAAUGUGUCCAAGGGAGGCGCUACCGUUUUUAGUUGGUUCGUGAAUCUGAGUACUCUCUCGGGUCUUGUCGCAUGGGCCAUCCUUCUUGUCGCUUUUCUUCGCUUUCGAGCAGCCUUAAAGGCGCAAAGUAUUUCAUUGGCCAGUCUCCCAUUCCGCUCUCGCUUUCAACCUUGGGUAAGCUUCUACUCCUUGUUCUGGGUUCUCCUGGUCAUUGUAUUUAAUGGUUACUAUUGCUUCUUCCGCGGUAAUUUCACCGCUGCAAACUUUUUAACGUCUUACUUUGGAGUAUUCUACUUUGUUGCAUUAGUCGGCGGAUACCAAUUGGUUAAACGCACUCGUUUUUUCACGCCAGCCCAUGAAAUUGACAUCUUGACUGGCAAAGCUGAAAUUGAUGAAAUGGAAGCUAAUGAAAAACCUCCUGAGGAACCAAAGACAUUCCUUGGAAAGGUUUGGCAGUGGAUCGCUUAACAUGCUUAAUGUCCCUUAACGAAACUAACCAAAUCCGACAUUUUCGAAACCAAAAAGGACGACUCUGGAUGCCUCCUCUGUCUUCCAACAGACCUUCUUCCCUUGAAACGAAAUCCUUUUUUCACGUCAAUUACAUAACGCCUGCUGUCCUUCGUUCGUUCAUAUUAUUUAAGUGCUCAUUUUCCUUCGUAUAGCCUUAUAGAUUCAACAAACACAAAAAAACAAUAACAUCAAUUAUCUUUAUACGAACAAUUAUUAAAUUAAUAUGGCGAAGAACUAUGUGAUCAAACAAUCAAAAAUGACUAU